CUCUCUUUCAAGCGGCCGAUAGGCCCCAGCAGGCCUCGAUCGGAUCCGACUCGGGGAGCUGGCGUCUGACCAUGGCGGUCUACAUUGAUCAUCGAAUAGAAGCUCUUGAGUCCUGUGGACCCCACACCCACAUAACGUGGCACCGUCUUCAGCCACUUUUAGCUGUUGCAUCCAUUAAUGCAAACUCUGGCGGCAGUGUGGAUAUUUUUCAAGAACAGGGAGAGUAUGUGGGUGAUGCACACUUGGAAAAAAACUUUCGGGUCACGUAUCUCAGUUGGCACCCCUCCAAACUGAUUGUGGCCGUGGGUUGCGAAAUGGGAGAUGUGGUAGUAGUGAAUAAACAAGACAAGGAGCAUCAUGCUGUACCCUCCAAUCAUAAUGCUGAUAUUUCAGUCCUGAAUUGGAGUACUAAUGGGACCCGUCUCGUUUCUGGAGAUAAACUCGGGGUUCUUGUAUUGUGGCGGAUGGAUCAGCGGGGUAGAGUCCAAGGCCCCCCUUUGUUAAAACACGAGUAUGGAAAACAUCUUAAUUUCUGCAUUUUUCGCCCACCUCCUCCAGGAGAAGAUUUGGUCCAGCUCGCCAAAGCUGCAGUGAGCGGUGAUGAGAAGGCCCUGGAUAUGUUUAACUGGAGAAAAUCUGGAAUGGGGAUGGCUCUGAAAAUGGGACCCCAGGAAGGCCUGUCCUUCUUUGUAAGCAUGAUUGAUGGAACUGUGCAUUAUGUGAGUGAAAGAGGAAAAACCAGUCAAGCGUUGAUUAUAGAAACUUCAAUCCAAAAAAUGCUGUUCAUGGAAAAAGAUGUUUUGGUAGUAAUAACGGAGACGCUCCUCUUAUCCCUUCACAAGAUUUCUCCCGAAGGAGAAGCAGAAGAACUUCUGAAGGUGAAGUUGAGUGGAAAAAUGAAUAAUCCCGCUGAUAUCAUUUUGAUUGAUCAUAGCCUCCUUAUCACUGCAAUGAACGAACCCGUACUUAGGUUCUGGGACUUGGAACGGGGUGAGAAUUAUGUCCUUUCUCUGGAUGAACAGCUAGGCUUUGAAACUGGAGAAUGUAUCCAUUGUGUCUCCUAUUGCAAUGCCAAAGGUCUUCUAGCUGCUGGCACCAAUAAAGGGCGAAUAGCGAUGUGGAGGAAAGUGCCAUUCUCCAGCCCAACCAUCUGGUCCCUGGAAGGCAAGGACAGGUGGAAACUCCAGACACCUACAGAGCUGGACGGGAAUAUCAUUCAAAUCGAGUGGAGUUCCAAAAAGAACCUGUUGGCUGUAAACCUAAACAACUCGGUUGCCAUCCUGAGGGAACAGGCCAUGGCUUCACACUUCCACCAGCAAAUGGCCGUGGUCCAGGUUUCCCCUAACUUGUUCAACAUCACCAGCUUCAGCAGCAACAUGAUGGAUAACCUCCGUAUCGAUACGCAUGUGAAUGGAGUCUGCGCAACCAAGGAUGCUGUAGCAUUCUGGAAUGGAAAGCAAGUUUCUAUCUAUGAACUGUCAGCUGCCACUUUACGGAAUUCAGGUUCUUUCCUCUGUGAUUCCCCUGUGCUGGCUAUGCAUGAAGAGAACCUUUAUACUGUUGAACCAAAUCGGGUUCAAGUUCGCACCUGGCAGGGCACCGUGAAGCAGCUGCUGACCUUCUCUGAAACGGAAGGCAAUCCCUGCUUUCUGGACGUCUGUGGGAAUUACUUGACCGUGGGAACCGACUUGUCUCACUUUAAGAUCUUUGAUCUUUCUCGCAGAGAGGCAAAGGUACAUUGCAAUAGCAAGGCCUUGGUGGAUUUGAUGCCCGGCGCCCUGGGGAUUGCAUCCGUGAAGUGCAACACAAGCGGCAACAGAGUCAGCAUUCUCCUGAGCAAGGCUGAUGGCAGUUUCGACCCUAGGAUUUGUUUCUACGACAUUGAAAUGGACACGGUCACCCUGUUUGAUUUUGAGUCAGGUCGACAAAGAGACGCUAAGGAAAUGCUCUCCUUCGGACAGGAGACUGAAGUGAAAAACACCUCUGUAUAUCCAGUACUGUGUAACCGAAUACCUGCAAGUCACUUCUGGGAUCAGAAUGAACCAAGGCUGUUCGUAUGUGAAGCCGUUCUGGACCCUAAUCAACAAUCACUGGAUAAGAAGCAAGAAUCCUUGGAAAACUUGGUGGAUGUGCUGAUAGUAUCUUUCUUCAGCACCGAAGAGCAUGGUCUUCUGCUCCAAGACAGUUUUCAGCUGCCAUCAACUUACCAGUCUCUUCUGGGCAUGGAGGUGCCACACUAUUACUUUGCCAAAAAGCUGGAAGCUGAGAAAAAGGAUGAGGAAGAACCUGGCAGCAUCCCGCUGCAUCAGAUGGUGGCUAGAAGACCGAUGAGAGAUUUCAUCGGGCUGGAAGAAUGUGACAAGACAACCUGCGAAGCAAUGCUUAACUUCAGUUUCUACCUAACCAUUGGAGACAUGGAUGAGGCCUUCAAGGCUAUCAAACUCAUCAAAAGCGAAGCCGUCUGGGAGAACAUGGCCCGCAUGUGCAUGAAGACCCAGAGGCUGGAUGUUGCCAAAGUCUGCCUGGGGAACAUGGGCCAUGCGCGGGGAGCCAAGGCGUUGCGGGAUGCUGAACAAGAGCCAGAAAAGGAAGCCCGGGUGGCCAUGCUAGCGGCUCAGUUGGGCAUGCUGGAAGACGCCGAGCAGUUAUACAAGCAAUGCCAACGAUACGACCUCCUGAACAAGUUCUACCAGGCUUCAGACCAGUGGCAGAAAGCCAUUGAGAUAGCCGAGACCCAGGACCGAGUGCACCUGCGCACAACGUACUACAAUUACGCCAAGCACCUGGAAGCCAUCGCUGAGCGCAACUUUGCCAUCACCUACUAUGAGAAGUCUGACACCCAUAAGUUUGAAGUGCCUCGCAUGCUUUCAGAGGAUUUGCAGGCCUUGGAGUCCUACGUCAACAGGAUGAAAGAUAAAGGUUUAUGGAAAUGGUGGGCUCAAUAUCUAGAAGGCCAGGCCGACUUAGAAGCAGCUUUCAAAUAUUAUGAGCUGGCUCAGGAUUAUUUUUCCAUGGUCCGUAUCCAUUGCUUCCUGGGUAACAUCCAGAAGGCUGCCGAAAUAGCAAACGCAACAGGCAACUGGGCAGCUUCUUAUCACGUUGCCCGUCAGUAUGACAGCCGCGAGGACAUCAAGCAGGCGGUGCACUUCUACACCCGGGCUCAAGCGUUUAAUAACGCCAUCCGUUUGUGUAAGGAAAACCAGCUGGACGACCAGUUAAUGAACCUGGCUCUUCUCAGUUCCCCAGAAGAUAUGAUAGAGGCUGCCCGCUACUAUGAAGGAAGAGGAGAACAAAUGGACCAAGCCGUGACGCUCUACCACAAGGCUGGGCACUUGUCCAAGGCUCUGGAGCUGGCCUUCGCCACCGAGCAAUUUGCAGCCUUGCAACUGGUUGCAGAAGAUCUGGAUGAGAAGUCUGACCCAACCCUCCUGGCUCGCUGCUCCGAUUUCUUCAUCAAGCAUUCUCAGUAUGAGAAGGCCGUGAAGCUGCUGCUAGCUGCCAAAAAGUACCAGGAUGCCCUGCAGCUUUGCCUGAUGCAGAACCUGACCAUCACUGAAGAGAUGGCGGAGAAGAUGACCAUUUCAAAGGACUCCAAGGAACUCUCAGAGGAUUCCCGGCGGGAGCUCCUGGAGCAGAUCGCCGACUGCUGCAUGAGGCAGGGCAAUUACCACAUGGCCACCAAGAAAUAUACCCAAGCAGGAAACAAGCUGAAGGCCAUGAGGGCUCUGCUGAAAUCCGGCGAUACCGAAAAGAUUGUGUUCUUUGCUGGCGUCUCGAGACAAAGGGAGAUUUACAUCAUGGCUGCCAAUUAUCUGCAAACUCUGGACUGUCGCAAAGAUCCAGAGAUCAUGAAGAACAUCAUCAGCUUCUACACCAAAGGAAGGGCUCUGGACCUCUUGGCUGGCUUUUAUGACGCAUGUGCUCAGGUGGAGGUGGAUGAAUUCCAGAACUACGAGAAGGCCCUGGGAGCCCUGACCGAGGCGUACAAGUGCAUGUCCAAGGCAAAGACGCGGAGCCCAGUUGACCAGGAGAACAAGCUGGCGCACUUGCAGAGCAAGAUGACCCUGGUGAAGAGGUUUAUUCAAGCCCGGAGGCUUUACUCCGAGGAUCCCAAAGAGGCCAUCAGGCAGUGCGAACUGCUCCUGGGAGAACCGGAUCUGGACACCACCAUCCGCCUGGGGGACGUUCUGGGAUUCCUGGUGGAGCAUCAUUUGCAGAUGCAAGAAUUCCAGAUGGCCUACCGGUACCUGGAAGACAUGCGGAAGAAAAUCCCCUGCGUGAAUCUCAACUACUAUGUGAACCAGCAGACGGUCGAGGCCGUGCACAGAGGGCUGGGCAUCCCCCUUGGCCGAAACGCUGCUCCAGAGAGGCUUCGCCACAACAGCGUGGAGGACAAGGAGAUCGAAGAAGUGGCCGACGAGGCCGAGCCCUCCUGAACAGCUCAGCGGGGACUGGUGCGGGGGCAGAGCGCCGUGUUCCGGGCGUGGUUAGGAGAAAGACAAAACGGACUCCGCCUUGCUCUGUUGUAAUCCUUGUGAUCCAGUCGAUCCUUGGAAUCUGGGAGGUGUUCGGCAUUCCCAAAGCCACAGGUUUUCACCUCCCUUUUUCAAAUACUCCCGAGACGGUUCUGAAGAGAUCUUCCUAUUUGUAAUUAAAUAUUUUAGAUACACAACUCGCUUGUGUCUUUUUGUGCGGCCUUAAGUCUGAAGAGCAAGAGGUUGGGGAUGGCAGAAUAGUAGUACAAACUAGCAGGCGUAAACUAAAUUCCAGGCCAUCUUAAAAGGCUCCAGUCUGGAUCGGCCCACUGGGACCAGAGAUUUAGUCGACCGAGCUU